CAGGGGACCCCCCCCCCCCCCGAGACAGAGACACCCCCAGAGAUGGACAGCCGCCCCCAGGGGACAGGGGGACCCCCGACACGGACACCCCUGAGCACGGACACCCCCCUCCGAGGGCAGCUUGCCAUGGCCGACCCCAGCCACAUCCAGUCGGCCGCCUCCAAGAGCAUCCGCCCCUUCCGCUCCAGCGAGGAGUACCUGGAGGCCAUGAAGGAGGACCUGGCCGAGUGGUUCAACACCCUCUACGACCUGGACAUCCAGGUGGACACCUUCCUGGAGAGCCUGGAGACGGGCUGUCACCUCUGCCGCCACGCCAACAACGUCAACCGCACCGCCCUGGACUUCCAGGAGCGGCACCCCGAGGCGGCCGCCCGCAUGCGCGUGCCCCAGAACGAGGUGGUGUUCCAGGCCAAGAACGUGGUGCCCGGCUCCUUCAUCGCCAGGGAUAACGUCUCCAACUUCAUCCAGUGGUGCCGGCAGGACCUGGGCAUCCAGGACGUGCUCAUGUUCGAGACCAACGACUUGGUGCUGAAGAAGAACGAGAAGAACUUUGUCCUCUGCCUGCUGGAGGUGGCCAGGAGGGGCUCCAAGUUUGGCAUGCUGGCCCCUAUGCUGAUCCAAAUGGAGGAGGAGAUCGAGGAGGAGAUGAGGGACCAAAUGGCCGAGGGCGCGCUGGGCACGCGCCGGGAGAGCCGGGACCCCCGGGCGGGCGCCUUCCCCAGCCGGGCCCGGCCCAUCGCCCUGUGCGACCUCAAGAACCUGGACGAGCUGGUGCGGGAGAUCCUGGGCUGCUGCUCCUGCCCCUCGCAAUUCCCCAUGGUCAAGGUCUCGGAGGGGAAGUACAAAGUGGGCGACUCCAACACGCUCAUCUUCGUCCGAGUGCUGCGGAGCCACGUCAUGGUGCGCGUGGGCGGCGGCUGGGACACCCUGGAACAUUACCUGGACAAGCACGACCCGUGUCGCUGUGCUGCCCUCUCUCACCGCCUGCCCCAGCCCCGCACCCCGGGCAUGUCCCCCCAAAAAGCAGCUCCCGGCACCUCCUUGUCCCGCGCCUCCAGCCCCAGCGUCCCCCGGCGCCCCCGGCCCGCCGGGCCCCCCCCGGCCGGGGCGGAGCGGGGCCCCCAGCCCCGGGGGGACCCCCCGAAGCCCCCCAGGCAGGAGGGUUUGCCCCCCCGCGGGGGGGCCGCCCCCUGCUCCGGCAGCCCCUCCCGGAGCCCCGCGGAGCCGCGGGGAGCGGGGACGCUCAGGUACGGACCCCGGGGGCUGGGGGGACCCCAAAACUGCGCCGAGACCCCAUGGCAAGGGCUGAGCCCCCCGCAGGGGAUGGGGGAACGGGGGCCCUCGCGCGCAGAGCGGCCCCCGCCGCCCCCGGCCCGCCGGGACCCGCGGACCCCCCCGCCCCGGGCUCCCCCGCGCCUCCCGCAGCCCCGGGCGCGGCUCCGCGCCGCUGCUGCUCAUUCCGCCGCACGGCCCGACGGGCAGCACUCGUGGGCUCGGGCGGAGCCCCCCGCGGCCGGGGCCGGCCCCGCGGGGAGCCCCGGGGGGCGGCGCGCGACCCCCGGCCCGGCCCCGGGGACCCGAGGAGGCUGGCGCGGAGGCUGCGGGCCCCACGCUGGCUGGAGCCCGGGCAGGAGCAGCGGCUGUUCCAGCGGAUGGAGGAGGAAUUCCUGGCCAAACACGCGGCUGCUGGAGCAGCUGGGGGACACGGAGAGCUCCCCCCCGCGCCCCCCGCCGCCGCUGACUCGGCACUAUUGCUCCUCGUCAUCCUCGUCUUCCUCCAUGAACGUGUUCGCCAAGCACGGGCUGCCCGCCGAGGAGGGGGCGGCUGGGGCGGGAGCAGCGAUGGGAACAACAACGGGAACGGCAACGGGAAGCAGCAACGGGAACCACGGCGGGUACCCCCCGCUGCCGUCCAACCCCACCCUGGCGGAUGCGAGGCGCCGCUCCACCUUCUCCAGCUCCUCCGACGAGAGCUGCUGCUUCCCGGCCUCCUGGGACAACGGGAGACCCCGGGGAACCCCGGCUCCGACACCGACUGGGCCACCGGCUGAGGACGAGCUGAUGGAGAUGGAGGAGAGCCCCGGGCCGGGGGUCCCCGCGCCCCCGCCGCGGCCCUGGGCCAAGCCCCGGCUGGACACGCAGCCCCACAAGACGCCCUCCCGCAUCCCCACGCCCCGGGGCUACGGGGCAGGCGCGCAGCGGGCCCCGAACGGCAGCCCCAGGGCCUGGGGGGCUCUGCAGAGCAUCCCCUCCUCCCUCCUGGAGCCCUCCUGGGCCCCGCGGGAGCGCGAGGGGAUGGAGGAGAACGCGCCCCGCGCCCCCGCGCGCUCCCGGCGCUGCUCGGGUGACAGCGACUCCUCGGCCGCCUCGGCGCAGAGCGGCCCCCGCCGCCCCCCGGCCCGCCGGGACCCCGCGGACCCCCCCGCCCCGGGCUCCCCCCGCGCCUCCCGCAGCCCCGGGCGCGGCUCCGCGCCGCUGCUGCUCAUCCGCCGCCGGCCCGACGGGCAGCACUCGUGGGCUCGGGCGGAGCCCCCCGCGGCCGGGGCCGGCCCCGCGGGGAGCCCCGGGGGGCGGCGCGACCCCCGGCCCGGCCCCGGGGACCCCGAGGAGCUGGCGCGGAGGCUGCGGGCCCCACGCUGGCUGGAGCCCGGGCAGGAGCAGCGGCUGUUCCAGCGGAUGGAGGAGGAAUUCCUGGCCAACACGCGGCUGCUGGAGCAGCUGGGGGACACGGAGAGCUCCCCCCCCGCGCCCCCCGCCGCCGCUGACUCGGCCUAUUGCUCCUCGUCAUCCUCGUCUUCCUCCCUGAACGUGUUCGCCAAGCACGGGCUGCCCGCCGAGGAGGGGCGGCGGGGCGGGAGCAGCGAUGGGAACAACAACGGGAACGGCAACGGGAGCAGCAACGGGAACCACGGCGGGUACCCCCCGCUGCCGUCCAACCCCACCCUGGCGGAUGCGAGGCGCCGCUCCACCUUCUCCAGCUCCUCCGACGAGAGCUGCUGCUUCCCGGCCUCCUGGGACAACCGGGAGACCCCGGGGAACCCCGGCUCCGACACCGACUGGGCCACCGGCGAGGACGAGCUGAUGGAGAUGGAGGAGAGCCCCGGGCCGGGGGUCCCCGCGCCCCCGCCGCGGCCCUGGGCCAAGCCCCGGCUGGACACGCAGCCCCACAAGACGCCCUCCCGCAUCCCCACGCCCCGGGGCUACGGGGCAGGCGCGCAGCGGGCCCCGAACGGCAGCCCCAGGGCCUGGGGGGCUCUGCAGAGCAUCCCCUCCUCCCUCCUGGAGCCCUCCUGGGCCCCGCGGGAGCGCGAGGGGCUGGAGGAGAACGCGUGGCCCUGAGGGGUCGAUGGCAGUGGCAGCUCCUGGCAGCCCCUGGGGACAUCCCCGAGCUGCUGGGGAGGGUGGAGGUGGCACCCAGCCAGGAGGUGGCCACAGAGCUGGGGUGGCCAGGAAGUCUUCACUCGGUGACUGUUGGCACUGGGGUGGGCCCUGCGAGGAGCCCCCAGCCCCAGAGGGUGCCAGGGGUGUCCCCAUGCCCUGGGGAACAGCUCCGGGGGGGGGCAGCUGUGUGGUCAGGGCAGUGGUGGCCAGAGCAGAGCUGGGAAUGGGGCUGGAGAGCACCCAGUUCUCCUGGUCUCUUCCUCUCCUCACUCUUCUCCACUGGUUUUCCUUAUUUUGGCCUUCUCUUCUUGUCGUCUCCUCCUCUUCUUGCUAUUCUUGUCAUCCUCCUCCUCUCAUCUUCUCUCUCCUCUCUUCUCUUGGGCUGCCUCCUCUUUCUCUUGUUUUCUCCUCUUGGCCUUUCAAGUUCUUUUCCCUCAUCACCUUCUCUUCUUGACCUUUCCUCUUUCCUUCUUGGCCUCAUCAUCACCUCUUUGGCCACUUUCUCAUCUCCUCUCCUCCCCAGUCUCUUCUCUCCAGCCCUGAGAUGACUUGGGGACAUGGUGUUUGUCACCCCAAGCCCUGUUUCAAGGCAGGAGGGGGUCAGUCUUCCCUCUGCAGUCCCCAGCUGGCCACAGCACUGCCCACAGCUCGUGUUGAUGUCCCCGGGGUGGGACAGGGCUGUGUCCCCAGCCCAGGCCACCGUGGCCCCCACCCCUGCAUGUCCUCUCCAGCCAGUAAAGACCAACGGAGCUGA